CCCCAGGAGGAGGAGCCGCCACCGCCCGCCGCGCCCGAGAGCCGGGACGCCGCGCCAGCCCCCGGGAGAGGCCGAGCGGGAGCCGCGGAGCAGCAGGCCCGAGCGACCGGCGGGGCCCGGACGCCGCCUGGAGAAGAUGAAUUUACAACUGGUUUUCUGGAUUGGACUGAUCAGUUCAGUUUGUUAUGUGUUUGGCCAAGCAGAUGAAAAUAGAUGUUUAAAAGCAAAUGCCAAAUCAUGUGGAGAAUGUAUACAAGCAGGGCCAAAUUGUGGAUGGUGCACAAACUCGACAUUUUUACAAGAAGGGAUGCCUACCUCUGCACGAUGUGAUGAUUUAGAAGCCUUAAAAAAGAAGGGUUGCCAUCCAGAUGACAUAGAAAAUCCCAGAGGCUCCAAAGAUAUAAAGAAAAAUAAAAAUGUAACCAACCGGAGCAAAGGGACGGCAGAGAAGCUCCAGCCAGAAGACAUCACCCAGAUCCAGCCCCAGCAGUUGGUUUUGCAGUUACGAUCAGGGGAGCCACAAACAUUUGCAUUAAAAUUCAAGAGAGCUGAAGACUAUCCCAUUGAUCUCUACUACCUUAUGGACCUCUCUUACUCUAUGAAAGAUGAUUUGGAGAAUGUAAAAAGUCUUGGAACCGAUCUGAUGAAUGAAAUGAGGAGGAUUACUUCAGACUUCCGAAUUGGGUUUGGCUCAUUUGUGGAGAAAACUGUGAUGCCUUACAUUAGUACAACACCAGCCAAGCUCAGAAACCCUUGCACAAGUGAACAGAACUGCACCAGCCCAUUUAGCUACAAAAAUGUGCUCAGUCUUACUGAUAAAGGGGAAGUAUUUAAUGAGCUGGUUGGUAAACAGCGCAUAUCUGGAAAUUUGGAUUCUCCAGAAGGUGGCUUUGAUGCAAUCAUGCAAGUUGCAGUUUGUGGAUCAUUGAUUGGCUGGAGGAAUGUUACUCGACUACUGGUAUUUUCCACGGAUGCUGGGUUUCACUUUGCUGGAGAUGGGAAACUUGGUGGCAUUGUUUUACCAAAUGAUGGACAGUGUCACUUGGAAAAUGAUGUGUACACAAUGAGCCAUUAUUAUGAUUAUCCUUCUAUUGCUCACCUUGUCCAGAAACUAAGUGAAAAUAACAUACAGACGAUUUUUGCAGUUACUGAAGAAUUUCAGCCUGUUUACAAGGAACUGAAAAAUUUGAUCCCUAAGUCAGCAGUAGGAACAUUAUCUGCUAAUUCCAGCAAUGUAAUUCAGUUGAUCAUUGAUGCAUACAAUUCCCUUUCCUCAGAAGUCAUUUUGGAAAACAGUAAAUUGCCAGAAGGAGUAACAAUAAAUUACAAAUCUUACUGCAAGAAUGGGGUAAAUGGAACAGGGGAAAAUGGAAGGAAAUGCUCCAAUAUUUCCAUUGGAGAUGAGGUUCAGUUUGAAAUCAGCAUAACUUCAAAUAAAUGUCCAAAUAAGAAUUCUGAAACCAUUAAAAUCAAGCCUCUGGGCUUCACUGAAGAGGUGGAGGUUGUGCUUCAGUUCAUCUGUGAGUGUGAGUGCCAGAGCGAGGGCGUCCCCAGCAGCCCCCGGUGUCAUGAGGGCAACGGCACGUUCGAGUGCGGGGCCUGCAGGUGCAACGAGGGGCGUGUUGGCAGACACUGUGAAUGUAGCACAGACGAAGUGAACAGUGAGGAUAUGGAUGCUUACUGCCGGAAGGAAAACAGUUCAGAAAUCUGCAGUAACAAUGGAGAGUGUGUCUGUGGACAGUGUGUUUGUAGGAAGAGGGAUAAUACAAAUGAAAUUUAUUCUGGCAAAUUCUGCGAGUGUGAUAAUUUCAACUGUGAUAGAUCCAAUGGCUUAAUUUGCGGAGGAAAUGGUGUUUGCAAGUGUCGUGUGUGCGAAUGCAACCCCAACUACACUGGCAGUGCGUGUGACUGUUCUCUGGACACUACUUCAUGCAUGGCCACCAACGGCCAGAUCUGCAAUGGCCGGGGCAUCUGUGAGUGUGGGGCCUGCAAGUGCACAGAUCCCAAGUUUCAGGGGCCAACCUGUGAGAUGUGUCAGACGUGCCUUGGUGUCUGUGCUGAGCAUAAAGAAUGCGUUCAGUGCAGAGCCUUUAAUAAAGGAGAAAAGAAAGACACAUGUGCCCAGGAAUGUUCACAUUUCAACAUUACCAAGGUUGAAAAUCGGGACAAGUUACCUCAGCCAGGCCAGGUUGAUCCCCUGUCUCACUGUAAGGAGAAGGAUGUGGACGACUGCUGGUUCUAUUUCACGUAUUCAGUGAAUGGGAACAAUGAGGCCAUUGUUCACGUUGUGGAGACUCCAGAGUGCCCCACUGGUCCAGACAUCAUUCCAAUUGUAGCUGGUGUGGUUGCUGGAAUUGUUCUUAUUGGCCUUGCAUUGCUGCUGAUUUGGAAGCUUUUAAUGAUAAUUCAUGACAGAAGGGAAUUUGCCAAAUUUGAGAAGGAAAAAAUGAAUGCCAAAUGGGACACGCAAGAAAAUCCGAUUUACAAGAGUCCUAUUAAUAAUUUCAAGAAUCCAAACUAUGGACGUAAAGCUGGUCUCUAAGUAGCCGGUGAAAAUCCUAUUUAUAAGAGUGCUGUGACAACUGUUGUCAAUCCGAAGUACGAGGGAAAAUGAGCACUCGCUGUGCAAAUUUCACAACACUGAAUGCAAGGCAGUACUUUUCCUAGUCACAGUAAGGUAGCUGUAGGGCUGUACCGCCAUGGGGUUACUCAUGCCGGUUUUGAAAGUGUACAAUAUGUAUAAUUUUAAAAAUUUGUUAUUAUUUUGAAAAUAAUGUUAUCAUCAAUGCCAGGGACUGACCAGAGACUUGAGACAGGAUGGUUGUCCUCAUCAUAAGGUCACGUGGUGCCUUUUUGACCUUUUCCUCCUGGGCUGUUGAAAUCAAAUUCUUAUUGGAUCGAGUGGUGUGUCUACAGUGAUGGAAGGGCAGUAGUUAAAAUAAUGAGUAUGAUGAGAGUUUCUAUUAAUCACGUAUUAAAACUGAUCUUUAGCUUUACAGAUAUGUCAGUUUUCAGUUAUACAGAAUCCACAGUAAAUUUCUGCCAGCUAGUUUAGAAUUGUUUUAAAUUUAUUACUUUGCUAUUUGCCUAGUAGACAUGACUGAUGACAUAUCUGAAAGACAAGUGUCGGGAGUUACUGGUGUAAAAUAGUUUUGAAAUAUUUGAUCUACAGAGGCCAUGGGAAAAAGUCAGAGAGUUAGAAAGGGAAACCAUAGCUUUAAAACCUGUGUGCCAUUUUGAGAGUUACUUAAUCUUGGUAACUUUUAUGCCUUCUUUUUAUAAAUUCAAGCCUUCAGGAAAAGUAUUGGGAAAUUUUCUGCAAAAAAGUCCUUGAUUUAGCAUUAUUUACAUAAAGGCCUUAAUUUCCAUAGUACUUGCUGAAUUGGGGACCUUUGGGUGAAUUUGUUUUAUUCAUUUUAUUUUGUUUGAAGCCUGGUGCUUUUUACCACCUCUUCUAAUCAUUUAAUGUAUUUGUUUGCAAUUUGGGGGUAAGACUUUUUUUAAUCACUUUUUUUCUUUGAUGUUUUUUCUGUAAAUUCGCCUCUUAGUGAACGUGUGAAGUUGUACUGUGGCUUACGCAACAGCUCUCACUUAAGCGACUCUUACUUUCAGGCAGUGCCGUAAUAGACCACUGUAUAGUUACUUCUCACUGUCAGAGCUGCCCAUUUUGUUUCAUACCAGUCACAUCCUUGUUUUAAGUGCCUUUUAAUUUUAACAGUUCACUUUUUACAAUGCUGUUUACUGAAGUUAUUUAUUAAAUAAAACUGCCUAAAAUAUUUAAA